GCCCAAAUCCCUCGUCUGAAGGUUAAAGUCAGUCAUUCUCCAUCACACCGCACUUCAAUCCUGCGGUACUUGCCUAUUACUCUCCCCCCCCUCUCGCUCUGUAUUUACAGAAAUAUUAACACAAUAUCAUGUCGAUAUUUGGUGAAGUACCGCUUGCUGCUCCUGUCGCAGUGUUUAAACUGUCAGCAGAUUUCCGUGAAGAUCAGAACCCCAACAAGGUGAAUCUGGGAGUCGGAGCCUACAGGACAGAUGAUUGUCAGCCCUGGGUUCUCCCUGUGGUGAGAAAAGUGGAGAAGAUGAUCGCUGAUGACCAUAGUUUAAACCACGAGUACCUGCCCAUUUUAGGCCUGCCAGAGUUUCGUUCCAGUGCGUCUAAGAUCGCUCUGGGUGAAGACAGUCCUGCCAUCAAGGACAACCGGGUAGGAGCUGUGCAGUGUUUGGGUGGUACUGGCGCUCUAAAGAUCGGAGCGGAGUUUCUUCGCCGCUGGUACAAUGGAACUGACAACACAAAAACUCCCAUUUAUGUGUCUGCACCCACAUGGGAGAACCACAAUGCCGUUUUCUCUAACGCUGGAUUUGAGGACAUCCGUCCAUACAAAUAUUGGGAUGCAGGGAAGCGUGGACUUGAUCUGACAGGUUUUCUGGGUGACCUGGAGAGCGCUCCUGAUCACUCCAUCUUUGUGCUGCAUGCCUGCGCUCACAACCCCACCGGUACAGACCCGACCCAGGACCAAUGGAAGCAGAUCGCUGAUGUCAUGAAGCGAAAGAAUCUGUUUGCCUUCUUUGAUUCAGCCUAUCAGGGUUUUGCCUCAGGAAAUUUAGAGAAAGAUGCCUGGGCUAUCCGCUACUUUGUGUCUCAGGGUUUUGAAUUGUUCUGUGCCCAGUCGUUCUCAAAGAACUUCGGUCUGUACAAUGAGAGAGUGGGGAACCUGACAGUUGUAUCUAAAGACCAAGACAAUUUAAAUCGUGUUCUCUCUCAAAUGGAGAAGAUCGUUCGGAUAACCUGGUCCAAUCCUCCGUCCCAGGGAGCUCGUCUGGUUGCCAUCACACUCAACACCCCUGAGCUUUUUGCUGAAUGGAAGGACAAUGUAAAGACGAUGGCAGACAGGGUCCUGUUGAUGCGUGCUCAGCUGAAAGAAAAACUAAAAGCACUAGGAACUCCAGGAACCUGGGAGCACAUCACCGAACAGAUCGGCAUGUUCAGCUUCACAGGACUCAAUCCUAAGCAGGUGGAGUACAUGAUAAAAGAGAAGCACAUUUAUCUAAUGGCGAGCGGUCGCAUCAACAUGUGUGGCCUCACCUCCAAGAACAUCGACUAUGUGGCCGAGUCCAUUCAUGAGGCCGUCACUACAGUCCAAUAAGCACCUUUACCACACUUCCUGUUUGUGUGUGUGUGUCCACAUGAAUAUAGACGCACACAGACACACACACACUUCAGCUUUUCCUGGUCUAAUUUACUCAUCAGCGUUUCAACAUCCUGUUUUAACUUGUAAUUAUAAAGUAAUGAAUCGGUCCCUUAAGAUAUAUAUUUCCUUCUCCUAUAUAUAUUCUCUGUACUGAAUAUUUCAAAUAAUCGUGUUUGUAUGAAUAAGCACUUUGUGGUAGAGUUGCAGUCAACCCAAUGUCUUUGGAUUUCAUUGACCUGAAGUUCCAUCUUUGAGAUCUUUCAUGGUCCUUAUGUUAAAUUCACACAGCUUAGUGUCACUGAAUCAGUUAUAUAAAGUUGAUGGGGAAAGAUCUAAAGAACUAGCUCUAUAUUAACUCGUUGAUUUUUAUUAUCACAUUUCUGAACAUUUCAAUGCAUUCAGUUACAUUGAGAAACUUGCACACAGAGAUAUUUUUUAACACACAGAGAUUGUCUAACUUGUUUCACUGUUAAUUCCAGUGUGAUUCGUUUGUCAUCUGAUGCUCUUACUUCAAUUGAAAUGGUUUGAAGCAACAUUUUACCUUUAAAUCAACUUUUUGUUAUUCACUUUUAAACGUAUUGUAACUGAGUGAAAGAACAAACCCGGUAUUGUGUUCUGUGUGAAUAAGUGCAUUCAAGCAUAUUGGGUCUCUGACAGCUGAGGGGGAGUGAAUUAAUACAGAAAAGUGAUUUGGGGGUUUAAUAUUCUUUUUAACCUUUUUGCCUUUGAUGACGGUUUUUCAGGAAAUUCUGGGUUGUGAAGACCCCAGGCAUUCUUUUGCACUUUAUUUUCUGAUGUUUUUUAAAUCUGCUGAUUCUGAUCAGUCACUUUCACUGCUGUGUUUCAGACUCAUUUGUGCAAGAACUGUUUAUUGAAUGAAUGUGGCAUUAGUCCAAGUACUCCCACCCAGCUUAGUCUUGUAAGAUCAAACCUCAAGGAGUAUAAAAGCUCUUUGAUCUCAAACAGACUUAAUCAAAGUGCAUUGAAAUAAAUGAAGAUGUUGAAUGAA